AUAAAAGCUUCUGAUUCUGGUACUCCAUCGCUCUCUUCAAUUCCUACAGUAUUUUUGUUAUCUGUGAAUGUUACAAACAUUAAUGAUGAGCCCCCUGAAUUUCUCCAGCCUAAUGACACAUUCCCUAUUAAAGAAGGACCACCACCGAUAGCUAUUGCUUCAGUGAAGGCUAAAGAUUCUGGAUUUGAUUUAUGUUAUACUAUUGUUGAUAGUGAACCUGCAAGCUAUUUUGUUUUAAAGAAUGAUUCUAAUGCUGCUUUAAUUGAGACCAGAAAGAAGUUGAUUAUGAAACAACAAAAUUCUUAAAACUGGUGGUAUUUGUCCAGAAUUGUAUUGAGGUCACAUAUAAUGCUUCAUGUCCUAAAUCUCCCUCUCCUGAUUUACUCAACAAAAUGAAUAUAGAUGUUGUCAUUCAAGAUGCUGAUGACAAUCCACCAAUAUUUACUGAAAAGACAUUUAGUAAAGCUAUUAUAUUUGAUAUUUCUAAAGAAGAAAAAAUAUUAGAGUUUAAAUAUUAUGUGAAUGAUGCAGAUACUGACCCAAAGAAUAAGCAGCAUAAAUAUUUCAUUGAAUCCUUUGAAUACUUUGGCAAUGAUGCAUUGAAACAAUUGAAGACUCCCUUUGAAAUAAGAAAUAGUGGUAUUUAUCGAAAAGCAGAUCUUGAUUCAAGUGUCAGUGGAUAUAUUCAAAUGCUUAUUAAGGCUAACGACACCAAUGGCUUGGAUACUACAGCUACUGUUAAGAUUCAUAUUUUAUCUGAAUCGGAUGAAGUCAAAAUUGUGUUUGCAAAGCCAAUUGAGAAGGUUAGGAGUCAAAACCAUGAAUUUAUACAAUUUCUUCAAUCAGUUGUGGGAGAUGAAUAUGAAAUUGUUCCUGGCAAACUUGAUGUCUCCAAAAAUGAUAAAGGUGAACUUGAUCCUCUCAGGACAAGUCUGGUUUUAUUUGCAGUUAAAAAUGCAACUAAAAAGGUAGUUCCUCCUAAAGAGCUUCUAAAAAUCCUUGAUAAGAACAGAGUUUUAAAUGCAGAGAGGUUUGAAAAUUUUGCAGUAGAGAGAGUUAAGGAAUCUGAACCAUUUGUAACUGUUGACAGCAAGGAAAAGGAUUUCAUAAUUUUUAUUACGGUCAUUGUGGUGUUGGUUUUCAUAUUGACCGUUACGAUGAUUCUAUUUUAUGCAAGUAAUCGCAGACUUUACAGGAAAUUAAGAGCAGCUAAAACCACUGUAUAUGCAUCAGAUGAAAUAGCUGAAGAUGUAUAUCCUGGAACCAAUUUGUUUUCAGAGGGACAGAUUAAUCCAUUAUACAACAAUUUGGAUGAAAAGGACAUGGGUGGUCCCUUACCAGAGAAAGGGAGUUUGAACUCUGACAUUAACAAUGAUUUUGAUGGUAUGUAUCAUAAAAAUAUCAACGCUGCACCAAAAACUCUUUACAACUUUGAUGAUGACACAACAUAUUCAAUACAAGCAGACAACUCCAAAUCAGAUUUGGACAGUGUUAUCAAAGAACGUGAUGCAGAAAUGAACAAGAUAAACAAUGAUUCUACAGUUCUUUAUGGUAAUUCAGAUCAUGAAUCAGAUGUUGAAGCUACUGAAGUAUAACAAGCUAAAUAUUAUAUUUACUUGUGAAUGUAAAAGAAAAUUAAUAAAUCCUAUCAAUAGUUAA